AUGUUCUCACUCUCUGUCUCAGUCGUUUCUCUCUGUUCAACCACCUGGAUUUACCUGUGUGCCGAACGUCCCCACGGCGGACUCCUGCCGACUCUUUUGUCUGUGUUGUUGUUGCUGAGCGCACUGGUGCUCGAAGGCAUGGGAGCUGUCACAACAGCGGGAAGCACCGGCUGCGCAACGUGCCCGCUGCCCAAGGGCUCGGAGGAGCGCUUUCUGACCGAGAUAGCAAAAAAGCAGAUUCUAAGCAAACUUCACCUACGAGAGAGACCAAACAUCACACAAACUGUGCCGCGUGCAGCGCUCUUGACAGCCCUUCGCAAACUUCACGCGGGCCGCGGCAGGCAUGACGGCACAUUGGAGCUGAACACAGAUGCUAGAGACCAAGCAUACGAGAUAGUCAAUUUCGCAGACAUGGAUGAUGUUGACUCCAGAGGCAUUGAUUCCAGCAUGUCCUUCCAGUUCUUGCAGGAGCAGGGCCAGAGCAUACAGGUGCUCCAAUCCUCCCUGUGGCUGUACAUCCACCCAGCCGAUAGCCCCCACCCAGCUGCCCACAUUCCCGCCCAUGUCUACCUGUCGGGCACGGGCAGAGGCAACCGCACCCUGCUGCUCCAGCGCAAUAUAGAGGUUGUGCGGGGUGGCUGGCACACCUUCCCUCUCACCAACACCCUGCAGGCCUUCCUGGACGGUGACCAGCGGCACCUUCGGCUGGAGGUGCGCUGCGGCAAUGGAGACCGCAACCUGUGCGACCGUGGCACAGCUGCUGACACUCCCCAGCAGCCCUUCCUGGUGGCACAGGUGCGUCUCCGUGACAACGACUCUAAGCACGCCCUGAGCAAGCGCUCACUGCGUUGCGGUGACGACGUCAGCGUUUGCUGCAAGAAGGACUUCUACAUCAAGUUUCGUGACAUCCAGUGGCAGGACUGGAUCAUCGCACCCGAGGGCUACCACAUGAACUACUGUAUAGGCCAGUGCCCGCAGCACCUGGCUGGCUCGCCGGGCAUUGCUUCCUCCUUCCACGCCACCGUGUUCAGCCAGCUGAAAGCCAAUGGCAUCCACACGACCCUCUCCUCCUGCUGCGUGCCCAUCCAGAGGCGGCCACUCUCCAUGGUCUACUUCAACUCUCAGCACAGCAUCGUAAAGACCGAUGUCCCCGACAUGAUCGUGGAGUCCUGUGGGUGCACAUAA